UUACCGCAAAGGAAAGACGUUCAGUAGUUUAGAAACAUGGCACAAUUGAAAAAUGACAGACAAUCAAAAAGUCGCCGAAACGGAGACACCGCCACGGUUAGAAUGGCACGUUUCGCACACGGUAUCGGUCUGAUAUUCUUCGAGGGGAUUAUUAUCGUUGGAUUUCUUGGGCUUUACCAAUACGCGCGGAAAUCGAACGCUCGUUCCGUGGAAAACAGCGCUCAUCCGUACUUGAACGGGAAUCAAGAGGACGACGCGCCCCGAGCUUACGCGCUGUAUCAAGAUGUUCACGUAAUGAUAUGGGUUGGAUUCGGUUUCCUGAUGACUUUUUUACGAAGAUACGGACAGAGCGCGGUUGGCCUCACAUUUCUCGUCGCCGCAAUUUUAAUCCAAGUCGCAAUACUCUGUCAGGGAGUAUUAUACUUGUCGAAAGAAUCCGGCAAAGCACCAUUGUCUUUGCAGAGUUUGCUCAGCGCCGACGUCGCCGUGGCUGCUCCCUUAAUUUCCAUGGGAGCACUUUUGGGCAAAACGACUUACAUGCAGUUGAUAUUCAUGGGGGUGAUAGAACUUGUCGUUUACACUAUCAACAAGUACAUAGGAGAGCAUCACUUCAAGGCGGUCGACGCUGGGGACAGCAUGUACGUUCACGUUUUUGGGGCGUAUUUUGGCCUGGCCAUUAGCUUCGUUCUCGGGUACAAAGAAGCACCGAAGGAGCAUCCCUUGGAAGGUUCCAAUUAUCAGUCGGACAUAUUCGCGAUGAUAGGUACGAUAUUCCUGUGGCUGUUCUGGCCCUCUUUCAACAGCGCUGCGCUGCACGGCGACGAUCAGCAGAGAGCGAUCAUCAACACUUUACUCUCGAUAGCCGGUAGCUGCGUUAUGGCGUUUGCAACGUCGGCUCUCGUAUCGAAAAACAAUAAAUUCAAUAUGGUUCACGUACAAAAUUCAACCCUCGCCGGGGGUGUCGCCAUUGGCACAGCAGCAGGGAUGAUGUGCGAACCCUUCGGUGCACUUAUAAUUGGAUCUGUUGCGGGAGCGCUCAGCGUUCUCGGCUAUAAAUACUUGACGCCAUUGAUACAAAAAUUCUUACGAAUUCAUGACACCUGUGGCGUUCACAAUUUACACGGGAUGCCCGGUGUUCUUGCUGGAAUAUUCGGAGCGCUUAUGGCGGGCCUCGCGACGCUGGAAGACUAUCGUUAUUCGCUCUACGAGAUAUUCGAAGCAAGAGCACCUUCGUCGCAAAAAGAGCUGAAUGAAAUCAAUGAGGAUUAUCGGGUAAAACCGGGUCAGGAUAGGACGGCUGGCCAGCAAGCGGGAUAUCAGUUGCUAACGCUCCUGGUUACCAUGUUAAUUGCUAUUGUGACGGGGCUAGUAACAGGGCUGAUUAUAAAGUUACCAAUUUUCGGCACUAUUCCGGAAGAACUGAAGUUUGACGAUGCGGCAAACUGGGAACUCGAAGAGGAACAAACAGAACGAAAGGAGGACAAGCGAUCCGCAGACGAACAGUUACCGAUGGGUUCCAUUUGAUGAAUAAAUGUUGAGGGGAAUUAGAAGAGGUUGUAAGUACUAGCAACCAGAAAUUU